AUGGCCGACUAUAUGCAUCAUGCUGAACUUGAUCCUGAAUGGGUUGAAUUCUCUAGAACCUUUACAUCUCCCACUGUCCCCAAGGAUUUGGCGCUUGCCAAAGAGUUUGCCAACCGUUCCCGCACUGAGCUCUUCAAUAGAGUGCUCGGACCUAUUGAAGGGGUUUCAACUUGUGAUCUCUCUAUCUUUACCAGGGACGGCAAUAGCAUUGCAGUCCGUCUCUACUUUCCCGACCCCAAGUCUGCCACUGCAGUGCCCAGCGACAGAGGCCUUUAUAUAUACCUUCACGGAGGCGGAUGGCUUUUUGGUAGCCUUGACACUGAAGAUGUACACUGUCGUCUGCUCGCUAUCAGUCUAGACUGUGUUGUAUUAAGCGUGGACUAUCGCCAUACACCUGAAUGGACAUUUCCAACGCAAUACUACGACGUCUUUGAUGCUAUCGACUGGAUCCUCAAUCUCGAUCGACUGGAGGAGUAUGGGAUCAGCCCAGAUAAAGUUGUUGUCGGUGGUGUUAGUGCUGGGGGAACACUAUCCGUUGCGAGCGCAGUACGAGAAAUAGAGCAGGCUACGCAUCGUAUCAAAGGCAUCAACGCUUCCUUACCGAGCCCUAUACACUGGACGCGUUUCCCGCGCCAUUUGGUCAAGGACGCCUUCUCCUCAUUUGAGCAGAACGCCAACGCGCCUCUGCUGCCAAUGGCGCGACUUGAAUACCUACAUUCACUCUUGGAGGCAGAUCCGGACUCGCCCUAUGUGUCACCGUUUCUACUACCUGAUACGGUACUGCAGCAACUCCCUCGCAUGGCAUUCCACGUGUGCGGUGCCGACCCAUUGAGAGACGGCGAGCUACUGUUUGAGGAGAAACUGAAGCGACUCGGGGUGGAAACGAAAAUUACAGUCUUUUCAGGGUGGCCACAUGCGUUCUGGAAUCUGCCGCAGAUCAAGUCUUCCGUCCUGUUUCGCCAACAAAUGGUUGACGACGCAAAGUGGCUUCUGGAAGGUGCUUGA